AGUCACAGAUAAUUUAAAGAGUCUUUGAUUCUUGAGAGGUUAAUAUUUUGUCCAACGAUCAACCCUGUUAGUGUCCUGUUCGACAAGCCUCGCAUUAUCUGUAAAGCCGCUCGGUCUCCGUUUGUGUCCUAAACAAUGACAAGCACUGAGGACCUGUAUCAUUCAAUGGUCACCAAUUGUGUGCUCAACGCAUUAUUAUCCUACACCGCUAUCGUGUUGAACAUCAUAACAAUUUACGCGAUGAGAAAAACAUCGUCUCUGCCGAGGCCGCUGAGAACAUUAUUGCUGAGUCUUGCUGUCUCAGAUCUGGGUGUCGGCAUUUUUGUACAACCUUAUUACGUUGUGCUUUUAGUUAUAAAGCUGAAAGGCGCCGAUCCUGUUGACAAAUCAACGGAUAAUGCCAUGUAUGCCAUCGCGGACACCUUUUCCAUUGUUUCAUUACUCAGUGUUUUUGUCCUCAGCGUGGACAGAUUCCUGGCUGUACAUCUUCAUCUCAGAUAUCAAGAGCUUGUCACUCAGAGACGCACUGUUUUGGCCGUGAUAUCAAUCUGGAUGUUUAGUGUAUUUCUUGCAGUAACCGGCUAUUUUUGGUCGCUUCUUUUCCUUCAAAAUUAUUUUCCUGUAGUUUUAGGGUUCUGUCUUAUUUGCACAGGAUUAGUUUACUGCAGGAUUUAUUUCGCUGUACAACGCCACUUGAGGGAAAUACAGUCCUUGCAAGUACGGCGAACCGAGCAGAAUGUCGGUGACAUGGAGCAUACUGCAAGGAUGAGGAAAACUGCCAUUAGCACAUUUUACGUUUAUCUUGUGUUUUUAGUCUGUUGUUUGCCUGAAUACUGCACUAAUAUGGUUGUUAGCCAUGGCGAGCUUUCGGAUUCUUUAAAAACCUUUAGGUUAUACAGUUGGACUCUUGUGUGUGUGAAUUCAUCUUUAAACCCGGUUAUUUAUUGUUGGAGUAUGAGACACAUUCGGCACACCAUCAUUAACAUUCUCAGAAAUACACAUCCGUGCAGAAAGUAAGCAACAUAGCAUGAAAACAAGUUAAACCUUUUUUAAUGUUGCACCUGAAAGUUAUUAUAAGAGUGGAUACAAUAACACAACCUAACAACUAUUUUAGUUAACAGCCUGCAUUAAGUAGUAAUAUGAUGAUCCAUUUGUAAUACUCGAAAUUGAUCUUAAAUGAUAAGGACAACAACAAAGUAGGGAGCCGGCCUGAAGGAGAAUAUUUCAAUUGCUCGCUGCUAAUGACAUUGCCACAGAAAAUAAGUGCUUUGUAUUUAUGAAAUUCUAAAUUAAAUGCACUCAUGGAAAGGUAUAUAUCAAAACGUAUUGGUUACUAUUGUACAUAUCUUCAAAGCCAAGGUCGAUAUAGUUUGAACAUAAAUGUUAAG